CCUUUCAAAGUUCCUGGUUUGUGUUUGGCUGCUAUAGAAACGAAGGGGGGGUUUGAACGCUGGAGACGAACAAGCACAGAAAGUCUGAAAACAUGCGAAAACAACACGACGAGAGGACCACUGAUUUUGUGUGGUUAACUGUGAGAAGACAACAAAGCGCCAUGGACGUCAGGGGCGCCCGAGACGAGCAGGAAACGCAGAGUUUGCCUCCCGGGGAGAGCGCUGUGAUAACGGCACAUGAUUCAAGUAGGACCGCUGCCCUCGUUGAACUAAAUAAGAAAUUACGGGAAAAAGAAGACCUUGAGGCAAAUAAAGAUGCGCGCCAACAGGUGCUGCAGAGUUUGCAACAGCGCAGAGAUGACUUGCAGAAGAAGAUUGAGGAAGUGAAGGAGCUUUACACAGCCUCCAGCAUGUUCAAAAAGGCUGAACUCGAUCAAGCUGUUGAGAAAGCAGAGAGGGAGAAGAAAGAAGGGUUUGAGAAGGAGGCCAACAUUAAAAGGCUGAAGGAGCAGUACGAUCAACUGAUGUUGAGGCAACAGGAGCAACAGCAACAGAUGCAGAGUUACACUCCGCAUCUGGACCUCAUGGAGCGUGUGGUCAAAAUGGUUAAGUUCAAAGAUGUGCUGUCACUCAUGGGACAUUUGGAGAAUCUGCUCCACUUUAGAGACCAGUUCUGUCAGCAGGAGAACGAGGCGCAGGAGCAGAUCAACUACCUGAGAAAAGCCCUGCUGACGCUGGAGGACCAGCAGCGCUUAAUGCGGCUGUAUAAGAACAACCAGCUGUCCCAGCUCCACAAGGAGCUAGAGAAGACGCGUUCUGAAGCUGUUACAUGGGAAAGCAGGUGGGACCACAUUGUGGAAACAUCAACAAAGAAAACACUCCAACUGGUGCAGAUUAGGAUGGCGAUCCUCAACCUGUAUGAAAUGACACAUGAGACGGCAGAAGGAGAGGACUCUGUGGAUAUGAAUGACACAGAGGAACAGCUGGACAAGGUCAAGAAUUUCAUCCAGGACCACAGUGACAUAGUGAAGCAGCAUCAAGCUCUCAUGCAAAGACACAGUGAUGAACAGACAAAGACCAAGAAGCACAUUGUAACUCAUUGUAAAAAAGAUUAAAUUUCUAUGCUUCUUCAUAACUGAAGCUUUGCUGAGCAGGUGUUGAACGGCAAAUUUAAAGUUUGUUCAGUAGUUGUUUUAAUGUAAAACUCUGAGUUUACUGACCUUAAACCUUGAAGACACUGACCUUCAAUAAACUUAAGACAAGACUUCUUGAUUGUUUUACGUUGCAAUUUCUAUAUAUUUACUCAUAAUGAGAAAUCAGUAGGUUUAGUGAGUGGCCAGUAGGACAUUCAUUUAGCUCCUCAGUGUUAUCAACAGGACUUGAGUAUAUGUUCUGAAAUGGUUAUGAUAGUGGUAAUUUUAGAUUGGCUUGUUUUAACCCUAUAAAUAGUGCAUAGUGAUUCAAGGAGUUAAUCCACUUUUUUGCCAUUUGUGUGGAGUUAAUUACUGAAACUACAAGUAGUUUUAGGUAAUAAAAA